CUGACCCGGUCUCCCGUUCAAGUCACCGUUGACGGCGAGAGCUUCGACGUCGACAUCGAUGCCGUUGCCGCCGCAUCGCCCCCGCGUCGCGGGAGGCCGGCCGGAGGCCUGGCGGUACCGGACGCGCCCGCCGCGUCACCCACAGGUUCCGGGGCGCCGAUUGACGACGACAUACUGCGUUCGCCCAUGCCGGGUCGCGUGAUGUCGGUAAUGGUGCGGCCGGGCGACACGGUAACGGCCGGCGACGAGGUAUGCGUGGUGGAGGCGAUGAAGAUGGAACAGAGCAUCCUGGCCCACCGCGACGGCGUGGUGAAGACCGUGUUCGUUCAGCCCCUGGAUUCCGUCAGCGCCAACGACCCUUUGGUAGAAUUGGAGUAG